CACCUUCAGCUCUCUUGUUCUGGAGCCGCUCCCGUCAACGCUCAGGAGCUGCAGAGGUAACACCAGCCAAGAAGGCAGAAAGCUUGCGUUUCUAAUGAGAACAAGAGUUUGAGAGGAGCGGGGAAGGGGCGGAAGUCGUCCUCCAUUGGGAUUAACCUGCCCACAGGGGUGGGAUUGUCUGCCACACGCUCUCCAAUUUUGGACUUGGGGUUUCACAGCCAAGGUUGAAAAUGGAGCCCCAGACUGCCAGUCCAGAACUAGCGGAAGGGCCGGAAGGCGUAAGGAAACCUUCCGGCAUGGCGGCUUCUCCACGCCUGAGGGAGCAGCCAGGAUGGAGAGCGUGGCAAGAUAUCAAACGGGAGCCGUGCAAAGGGAUGCAACAGCGCUGGGAAACCCAGUGGCAGGAGUUCCUGAAGACGCUGCAGUCGCCUUGCGUGGUGUGGGAGAACCUGGAGUUGUCGGAGGCUGCCCCGUGGGACGACGCCAAGGCCUUUCUGGCCUCCUUCGAGCAAGUGGCCAAGGCUUGCCAGUGGCCUAGAGGAGAGUGGGCGGCCCGGCUCCUGCCAGCGCUGAGUGGGGAAACCAAGCAGGCCUUUACCACCCUAGGAGCUACCGACAGGGAGGACUAUGGGAAAGUGAAGGCGGCCAUCUUGCGAGGGGACGCUAUCAAAAUGGAGGCGCAGCGCCAGCACUUCAGGCAAUUCUGCUGCCAGGAGGUGGAAGACCCCCGAAGGAUUCACAGCCAACUCCAGGAGCUUUGCCGGCAGUGGCUGAAGCCGGAGAGACGUACCAAAGAGCAGAUCCUGGAGCUGCUGAUCCUGGAGCAGUUCCUGGCCAGCCUGCCAGCGGACCUCCAGGGCUGGAUCCGGGCAGGAGGGCCGGACACCUGCUCCCAGGCCGUGGCCCUGGCCGAGGACUUCCUCAUGAGCCAGCAAGUAGCCGAAGGAGGGAAGUGGCAGGAGCCGUUGCAGGAGAUGACCAAUGGUUCUCCGGAUGGAGGGGUUGCUCCCUUGGAUGUUGAUCCAAAAGAGAUCCACAAAGAAGCCAAACAGAGCAGUCACGGGGAUAUCAAUUUGCUAGGUAGCGGAAGCCAAAGGCCCAAGGAUCCCAUUUCAUUGCUUCCCCCUGAAGGACAGGAAGUGACCAAAGCUGGCUUGACCGAGGGACCGAUGAGCCUCCAGGAGACGAGUGUGCCUCUGCACAUGGUCGAGCCGACUCCAACGCAGCCGGGCCAACGGACCAUGUUCUGGCAAGUCAUGCAGGAGGAGGAUGGGGACGCAGAUUCUUUGGAGGGACUCUUGGUUCCCAAGCCUGACCUCACCUCCCAAAUGGAAGAAGAGGAGGAGCAGAUGUUCAUCCAGUUUCCUGUGGAAAGCGAGAGACUCCCAAGCCAAGAUUCAGGUAAUGUGAAGAGAAGUCAGAUCAAGAUGGAGACCUCCAAAGUGGGAGAAAAUGGGGCACUAGCAGAAUUAUCCCAAUGGAACAUUCCAGUGACAGCAGCUAUUCAUGAGCAAAGAUGUGAUGAGAAGAGAAGUCGGAUCAAGAUGGAGGCCGCCCGGGAAGGACAGGUUGGGAGAUUAGCAGAAUUAUCCGAAUGGAACAUUCCGGUGACAGCAGCAAUUCCUGAGCAAAGAUGUGACAGGAAUAGAAGUCAGAUCGAGAUGGGAAGCUCUCAGGCGGGCGAAAUGGGGACAUUAGCAGAAUUAUCUCAGUGGAACGUUCCGGUGGCGGCGGCAAUUCAUGAGCAAAGAUGUAAUGAAAAGAGAAGUGUGAUCAAGAUGAAGAACUCUCAGCAGGGAGAGACUUUACCAGAGGAAAUUUAUCAAUGGAACAUGCCUGUGACCGCAGCAAUUUAUGAGCAAAGAUGUGAGUUCAAUGGGGAACAGGGGAGGAAGCCAGGGGAGGGCGAAGAAAUCGCCAGUAAGUUCUCAGGAGGUCUUACCACUGCCAUGAGCGAAACCUCUACAAUGCACUCUAGGCCAAAAAAACUCUUGGUCUCCAAGUUUGGUAGAAAGUGCAACUACCGAUUAGGAGUUGUUAUGAAACAUACUAGUGAGGAGCACUAUGUAUGUCCUGUGCCUGGGGGAAACGAUCAGCAAAAAGCCUGUCUUGUUACACACCAGAGAAUCCAAACUGGAAAGAAAUCGUAUGAUUGUUCCGAGUGCGGGAAAAGCUUCCAUCCGAGAUCUAAGCUUCUUCGUCAUCAGAAAAUCCAUACAGGAGAGAGUCCUUAUGAAUGUCUUGAGUGUGGAAAAAGCUUCAUUUCCAGAGGAACAUUAAUGGUACAUCAGAUAAUCCAUACUGGUGAGAAACCAUUUGGAUGCCCUCAAUGUGGGAAAUGCUUCAAUCAGAGAACAAACUUGUUGAGACAUCAGAGGAUCCACACGGGUGAGAAAGUGCAUGAGUGCCCCAAGUGCGGGAAAAAGUUUUAUCGGAAAGAUAAGUUGAUUCAACAUCAGAGAGUCCACACAGGGGAAAAGCCUUACAAAUGCCCCGAUUGUGGGAAAAACUUUACUGUUAAGGAGAAAUUGCUAAGACACCAGAGAAUUCACCUAGGAUAUUAUUAAUAUGGUUUUUGCCUGAAGAAUGACAGAAGUCCAUCUUGUUACAAGAGAGAAUCUCACUGUGGGGAGUUAAACCAUGUUAAUACCACGUGAGCUUUCUAAUAGGCCAACAAAAUUUGAGUUCAUUAUUAUCAUUAGUAUGAUGACCAUAAAUACUGUACUGCCCAGUCCUAUGCAGAUUUAACAUAUUCCACUCAUUUAAUUUACAAAACACAAAACUCCAUUAAGGGAAAAGGGGUUUUGAAACUGUUUGAUCAAAAGUAAGGUGACGUGUUUGACGUUUGCCAGUUAUCUGCUGGCGCUCUUUACCUUUAGACUGUUGCGUGCCGUUGUUGUUAUUGUUUGACACGAGGGAAUAUGAUGUUUUGCAAAGUUUCAUAAGCAAAACCCAGUAGCAAAAAAGAAAGAAAGAAACCACAGGUCCCUGCCUUCUAGGAACAUACAUUCUGAAAUCUACCGAUGGUUUUUGUUUAGGCAAGUGGCAUAUCCCACCAACUCAAACUCCAGUAUAGUGAGGGUGACCAGCCUUCUUUGUGGUUGUCGUAGCUAGCUCCCAAUAGAUUACAUUUCUUUGGUUUUGAAUUAACACCAAAGACCUCCCAGGUAGAACGAAAGGUUUGAUAUAUUUAAUUUUCUUUGCUCUAGUUAAAAAGAGGAGAGAGAUUGUUUUAAGGUGAGGCUGAACAAUUCCUUAUUGUUGAACUAGAGUUUAAAUUCUA